AUGUCUUCUGCAUUCGGUUUCUACGUCGGCGACGAAACCGCCGACAUGCUUGCUAUGAAGUUAUACCUUAUAGCGGAGAAGAUCGACAAGCAAUCAGAAAAGCUCACUGUUCUGGCCGCAGACACUCGCAAGAAGCUUUCCGGCAACAUUUCCGAUGCUGAGCGUGAGCGACUUGAGGACAACGCUAGUGCAGCUUGUCAGCACAUUCGAACUAUGCAGCGCGAAUACAACGAUCUUUGGAAUCGUUGGUUGAAGAAGAUUCAGGAUGAGAAUGUGGAUGCUGCAAAGUUGGAGCUUGAGAUGAAGAAGAAGGAGGAGAUGAGGCUUGAGCAAGAGGAGAGAUGGGAGAUGCUUGAGAGGCUUGGUGACUACUUCAAGACUCGCUGGGGUUAA